AUGAUCGCCUCUGCCAUGUCCGUGGCGCAGCAGACGCUCGGCUCCGGCUCCACCACCAACGACUCCUCGGACCACCAGCCGGGCCUCUCGCCUCCCCUCUCGCCCGUCGGUGAACAGGACAUCGAGCUCACCGCUCCCACUCCCGCGGCCGCCCGUGCCUCGCGCCGCCCCGCUACCGCUCCCAACUCGCCCAUGCCACCUCAUCUCCAGUCGUAUCGCAACAACCUCGGCAACGACAUCACCAUCGACCUCAACAUCGGCCCCAGCACCUCGUCCGCCUACGCGCGUGCCCAGGGCAGCGCCGCCUUCCACCACGCCCACAAGCACCAUCCCCACUCGCCCUCGCCCUCUCGCGCUCCGCUCCCCUCCACCGCCGCCCCCACCGAAGCUGCCGGCCAAUCGGCGGACGGCAAGUCCGCGCACCUCGCCGACCCCUCGCAGGAUACCGAGGCGGCGGCAGGCCCUUCGCGUUCGCGCGCCAGCUCGCUCGGCUACGGCGGCCUCGCACCCGCCACGCCCGGCGGAGAGACCGAUCCGCUGCUGCUGCGUUCGCGCGUCGUCGAAGAGUCCGAGGUGCGUCGACGCCACUCGGGCAAGGGCCGCAACCGCCGCAACGAGCGCCAGAUCCGCGACUUUUACGAGGCGCAGAACGAGCACAUCGAGCGGCUGCUCAAGCCCAUCUCCAAGCACGCCGACGAGGGCAAGCAGGACCGCGAGUCGUCGGCGCUCAAGGUCAAGAUCGCCGUAUACGCGUCGAUCGGCGCCAACUUUGUGCUCGCCAUCCUCCAGCUCUACGCCGCCGUCAGCUCGCUCUCGCUCUCGCUCUUUGCCACGGCGGCGGACUCGGUGUUCGAUCCGUUUGCCAACCUCGUGCUCAACUGGCUCCACCGCAAGAGCGAGAACGUCGACGAGCGAAAGUGGCCCAUCGGCGGCUCGCGCUUCGAGCCGAUCGGCAACAUCACCUAUGCGGCGCUCAUGGGCAUGGUCUCGGCCAUCCUCGUGGUCGAGUCCAUCCAGGAAUUGGCUACGGGCGAUGGCGACAAGAAGCUCUUCAUCCCCUCGCUCAUUGCCGUCGGCGUCGCCUUUGUCACCAAGGCGAUCCUGGCCAUCUACUGCUACGGACUGCGCAAGUACUCGUCGCAGGUCGAGGUGCUGUAUCAGGACCACCGCAACGACCUGUUUAUCAACGGGUUUGGUAUCUUCACCUCUGCGGCGGGUGCGACGAUUGCCGGAUGGAUCGAUCCUGCGGGUGCGCUCAUCAUCUCGGUGGCGAUCAUUGUCUCGUGGACGCGCACGGCGUUUGGCGAGUUCAAGACGCUGGCGGGUGCCGCUGCGCCGACCGACUUUUUGCAGCUGGUCACGUACAAUGCGGCGCUGUUCAGCGACGAGAUCCAGGCGAUCGAGAGCGUGCGUGCCUACAGCUCUGGGCCGCGCUACAUUGUGGAGAUCGACAUUGUCAUGCAUCCCGAGACGCCGCUGUGGAAGAGCCACGAUCUGAGCCAGGCGCUCCAGGACCAGCUCGAAUCGCUCCCCAUGGUCGAACGCGCUUUCAUCCACGUCGACCACGAAGUCGAACACGCCUUUGAACAUCGUAAGAACAUCUAG